UAUCUCGUAACAGAGAGAAGUUAAUUUAUUCGUUUUACUACACGAAACAUAAGUGUUUUACAUUUCAUGUAGAUUAUAAUGUUAUUUAAUUAAAUUAAUGUAAUUAAAAAAAAUAUCAAGAACAGAUGGCGUUACGUUUUGAUGCGAACGGAUAGAGUUUGUCCGAGGGACAAUAAAGACAUCAUAGUUAGUGGUAGACGCAAAAACAGCCAUGAAGUUUAUUAUGGCGAUUGUUUGUUUGAAUAUGUGACGUGAUACAUAGAAUAAUGUUGCAGAGCAUUGUUAGAAUGACGUUCAUGUUCUAUCCUUGCAAAAGAGUACUUUAAAUCCGAUGUCAUUAAAAAGAGUACACUUUUGUUUACUACGCAGAUAAAUUAGAUUAAAAAUGGCUGAUGUCAGAUUGCUUAUACAAGAAGAAGGUCGUGCAGCAAGAAAUCUAAUUGCUUUUAAUGUACCAGUUGGUACAAAUAAUACAGAGAAAGUAACAAGGAAACCGCCUAGUGUACCAAGAGUGGUUCAAUCUGGAUCUAUGAAGAGAUCUAUGAAACCAGCCUCUAGAGUUAGAUCAGCUUCCACUGGUCGAGACAAAAAGUCUGAAUUACAAGCUCGCUAUUGGGCUUUUCUAUUUGGAAAUUUACAAAGAGCUGUAGACGGUAUAUAUCAAACGUGCGAAGAAGAUGAAAAUAUUUCUGAAUGCAAGGAAGUAAUUUUAGUGUUGGAAAAUUAUACAAAAGACUUCCAUAAUUUAAUAGAAUGGUUUAAAGUUAAAUGGGCUUAUGAAAAUUCUCCACCACCUUUAAGGCGUACACCUUUGGCUUGGGAAGUAAGAAAGACCUCGCCAUGUCGUAUUUGGAAUUCAACUAUAGUACCAAAAUCGACUAGUCCUUUACAAAGGAUAAGCCCACCAGAAUCCACAUGCAGAAGUCCUAUAGAUCAAGUUAUUUCAGAGAUAAAACCUAUGGUUACGGAUAAUAAAAUAAAUCAUAUAAAAGAGGAAUCAUUGCAUAAAAUAAUAAAGGAUAAUAAGAAUAACGUUUCUAAAAAUAAUUCGACAAAUAUUAAAGAAAAAAGAAAGAAUGUGAUAGAGAGAGGUAUGAAUCAAUCGUCCAACAAAGACAGAUGUAUAGGAUCUAAAACUAUUAAUAAAGCUUUUGUAAAAUCUCCAAUGAAUUCAAAAGCUAAUGGAAAUGGUUUAAUAGAUAAUAAAGUAACAAGCGAAGAUUCAUGUGAUUCUAAAAAUAAGGCCGAUACUAGAAACAUUGUAAAACAAAAUAAAAAUUCUUCUCAGAAUGUAAGUACUUUAAAAACAUCAGAUUCGAAUUUAGCAAUCGACAAACAAACUUGUAUUAAUAAUAAAAAUAUGAAAUCAAGUAUCUAUCAAAACGUUGAAUCUAUGGAUAAAACGAUUAAGGAAAAUGAAACAAAUAGUAAGCUUAGUAAUCGAAGUAAAUCGGAGAUUACAUUAAUACCUAAUAAAAAGAAUACAGAAUUGAGAAAAAAUGAAAUAAUUAAACAGAAUAUAGACAAUAAUGAAAGUAAAAUUAUCAUAGAAAAUGUAAAUGUUGAUAAUAAGAUGAUACAAGUUAACAAUAAAUUGCAAACACAAAAUAUCGAUACGACGGUAGCCUCAAAAAAUGCUAAAAAUACAAUAGAAUCGAAUAAAAUAAAGCAAAGAACAAGUAAACAAUGUAUAAAUGCUGAUAAAGUAGAUAAUAAAUUAAUUACAAAAUAUUCGAAUAAAGAAAUACAUAAUACGAGUCAAGCAGCUUAUUCAACGGUAUCAUCGCGUAGACGAUCUAAUGAACAAACAAUAAAUUUAUCAGAAACACCCAAAUUUACCAGAAGUAAAACAACUUUGAGCGAUAGAACCAUAUCAUCUGCAAAUAAAGCCAGACCAGGAACAUCUGUUAUAAUCAGACGUCGACCUCAACAAUUGGAGAGGAAGGGCAAUGAGACUUUGUUGAAGAAAAAUCAAGAUAACGAUAUAAACGGUUCGGUAGAAGUAUUAACAAAACAAACGAUUAGCGUUAAAGCUAAAGACGAAGGCGAUGGCUGGCAAACUGUUCGAAGUCGUUAUAGAAGAGGUAGUACUCACAAUUUAAAUAUUUCUACGCGUUUUCAUAAACCAAGUACUGCCACAUCCUUGCCAGCUUUAUCGAUAGAAAGUCCAACUGAACGAAAUAAAAAGAAUUGCUUUACGCCCGAUGGUAAUAAACAGAAGAAAAAGUGUAUGGUAGGAAAGGCUGGGAAAAAUAUAAAUAACGAGGUUGAAAAAGUCAAAGGAGAAUCCGUAUUAAAUGGUAAUAAAGUUAAAAAUGCUUGGGAUAAUAACAUAAAGAAAAUUCCAUUGUCAAUAAACGACACAAAUUCUACGUCGAUGAUAGCAGCUAUUUUUAAAAGUGAUGCGGAGUUACUUGAAAAACGUAUACAACAAUUUAUGGCAGCUCAAGCCGAAAGAGAACGAAUUAUUUUAGAAGAGGAAAGAAAGACAGAAGAAGCGGAUUCUCAAAGAUCCCAACAAUUGUCAGAUGAGGAAGCUUCCUUGCAAAGGCAAAUUUUAGAAUUAGAAUCUACUGAUAUCGAUAUCGAUACUGAAACCGACGAAACCGACGGAGAAAUGGUUCUUGAGAUAGAGGAUGAACAAUCGGUGGUAAUCGAUCCUGUAUCUGACGAUAUCAGUUUAGAGGACAGAUACGAAAAUAUGUUAGAAGGUAUGUCAUGGGCAGAAAGAGUCGACGUUCUCGCACAAUUGCAAGCACUCGUUGCACGACAUCCUGGACGAGCUCUCGAGCUACAUCAAAAAUUAUCAUCACCAUCUAGAAAACGUUCCUUGCCUGAGACAUUACGUAGAUAUCAAGCGAAACAGGCGUGUGCACAGCACAAACGUCAAAAAUUAUUGAUGGAAAAGUCACAGAGAUUGAGAGAAUUGUUGAAUAAGGUUGAGGAUGUAAAGAGUGCGAAAAAUCAAUUGAUAGAAGAUAAGAGAAUUAGAAUGGAGAUGAAACUUAAGAGAGCGGAGGAGAAUAGGACGCAGCAUUUAUUGGAGAUAGUAAGGAAGGCUCACGAUGAGGAUUCUAAAUUAAAAGAAAUUGCUUUUAUCAAUGAACUCGAGGCACAAAAUAAACGGCAUGAUUUUAUGGCAUUGUGUCAGGAACAGGAGGAACGAUUGCAGGGUAUACAAGAAGAACGUCAAAGGCGUCAGGAAGAGAAAGCUGCAAAAGAAGCUGCCGCUGAGGAACGUAGAAGAGCAUUAGAGGCUGAGAGACAAUUGCGUAUACAAAAGAUGAAACAGGCUAGGCGUGAACGAGAGGAGAGAGUUGGUAAAAUGCAACUUGAAAGAGUGAAGGAACGUCAGGAACUUGCAAGAGAGAAAGCUAGAGAUCGAGAAGAAAGAUUGUCGGCACUUCACGCGGCUCAGUUGGCCAAUCAAGAGGAAUUACAGAAAAAGAUAGCGCAUAAGCAACAGGAAUCAGCUAGGCGGCACGUUGAAAAUAUAGAACAUAUUCGUCAAAGAGCCGUAGAGUCGUCUAUUUUAAGAUCGGAAGAAGUUCCACCUACUCUCAAAUCUUAUCCUAUUCAAAAGCAAUGUUCACUUUGUGGUACACACAUAAUGAACGAGGUAUAUCUCCUGAGUCAUUUGAAAGGUAAAAAUCAUCUCGAAGCUGUACGUAACGCACACGAUGGUAGAGAACCAUCGAGAGACGAACUACAACGAUUUAACAUAGCUCAAAUACGUGAUGUAUCGACGCCAACAUCAAAUAGUACUAACUCGAAUGUUAAUAAUAAAGCAUUGAAGGAAAAACAAAAAGCAUUGAAACGUCGUUGUAGGAAAAUAAAACAACGUAUUACUUCUCGCGGUCAGGAAUGGGAAAACGCACAGAGAAACGAGAGUCUUCCUUCGGUCGUCCUCGAGUCUACGAAUAAAGUAAAGUUUCGAAGGAAUUUGAAAGAAUUGGAUAGAUUGUAUAAUUAUUUGAAAAGCGCCGGCUCCAGUAUUGCCGUUGCCACCUUGGAACGUUGUUUUGGUGAAAUUGCUAGGGCUUUGUCGAAAUCGUGUCCUUUUGAUCAAGACGUGUUGAGAUCAUUGAAUGGAUUCGAUAUUUUUACAAAUCUAUUAAGUUUAAGUUUGAACGUUCAAAAUUCGUCGCACUGCUUACCUAAUAAGAGCAUAAUCUCGCUGUGCAAAGUGUACAAGUCCGGUAUUAGCGGGAACGUAAACAACAUCGAAGUGAUCUUAUCGAGCAACAAGGUCCUCGUGAUUUUGGAUCUUCUUUUGCAACGUUUAGAGACUCUAACAGAUUUGGAGGAUCACAUACAGGCACAGGAAACGCUCGGUAAUUCAAUGGGAAAUAGCAUCGUUGCCUUUGGAAUGGCACAGUUGUUUUGUAGUUUGAUACCCGAAGAGCCCUUCGAGAAGUCAACGUUGCAAAGUCGAGUACAAGAUAUUGCCGGAUACCUGAUAGCAGGCGGAUUGGUCGAGAAAGUCUCGCUUCAUAGUCGGGCACUGAUAGAAGCUGAUUUCUUUUUGGAUCAAGAACACGAAUCACCUUUGUUGUUGGCAUCCUUCGAUCUACUAACACGUAUCUGUUAUCAUUUGAAACGUUCGAUCACUCCCGACAAUCCAACCGUUCAUAAUAGUAAUAACAAUAAUAACAAUAAUAAUAAUAACAAUAAUAAUAAUAAUAAUAACAAUAAUAAUAAUAAUAAUAAUAAUAACAACAAUAAUAAUAAUAAUAAUAACAACAACAACAACGAGAAUAACGAACAAACUACAAGCACGGAGACGCAUCUCAUAUCGAGUUUGUUUACGACGGAAGCGGCUGGUGCUAUUGGUGCACUUUAUGCAGCAGUUGCAUUGAAUACUUUCAAUCAAAAAGGAUCAUCGCCUACGCCGAAUCAAACGAUGCCUUCUUUAGCCACAAGAAUGUUGAUCGUUCGUGGACUUCGAUUACUCAAGGCUUUCGCUGAACUCGAUCUUCAAAGGUUCCAGAAUCUUCUUGGUUCAGAAGGAACGAGUCUGCAGUGGCGACUGAUAGCGAGCCAGGUGAUAACUCGUCUGUCACGAGAUCCAUUGACAGAAAAACCAACUUCCGUUGGAUCUGGCAAUCAAAAUACCAGUGGUACUUACAUCCUAUCGGAAUUGUUCACUGUUCUUGGAUACUUCGCCGUUAACAAUUCGGAAAAUCAGUUGAUACUCCAAUCAGCUGGUGCUGGACCAAGCGUUCUUCAACAAUUUUGUACAUUACCCUUCCCAUUUUAUGGUGACCCAAGAUUAACGCCAUACACAUUACCGGCAUUACUGGCAGCUACGCAUUGCAAUCCAGAGGCAAAGGCCAUUCUCUCAUGUGAAUUAUCUUAUCAGCUUCUGGAGGAGUACAGAAACUCCGAGGAAGGUAAAUUGAAUCCUCUGGUACGUUUACUGAAGGAUCCUUCUAGUCCUUGAUAUCGAGAAGGGUUUUGAUUAGUUUCCUUUUCUAUUCAUUAGGAUAUAGAAAAAAUAUAGAAAAUAAUCGUAACCUUAGAGAUGCUUCUUUCGUUCGUUAUCGCGUCAAAUGCAAUUUCUUUCAUUUU